AUGACCUCCAAGACAGUUCCUGCAUUCAAUGACUGGCCGAACGAUAUUGGCGUAUGCUGGCUAUCGAACCCUUACUUUCUCGACGCUAUGUAGCUAACGAAGCCGCAGUUCACAACCCACGAGGAGCAAUCCGACCCUGUAGACCUAGAAGUUAUUGGUACAAUCCCAUCUUACGUCUCGUAAGUAACCCACUCCCACGCACUCCCUCCUUCUAACAUCCCCAGUGGAACGCUCUAUCGCGCCUCCACAGCCGGAAACACCAUCCCCCUCUCCACGACAACUACCCUCCCCCUCUCCCAUUGGUUCGACGGCCUCGCCACCGUCCACCGUUUCACAAUCUCUCCUCCCUCCUCCUCCUCCUCCUCCUCCUCGGUAGCGGCAAAAAUAACACACACCUCCCGCCUAACCUCCUCCGGAGUCCUCACCCGCGUCCGACGCACCGGCAACCUCUCCGGCUUUACCUUCGGGCAAAAACACGAUCCGUGCGAAUCUCUCUAUGCAAAGUUCAAGUCCUGCUUCUUCAGCGCUGGUAGCCCUCGUGCAACGGUAGACAAGAGCGACAAGGAGGAGGUCAACAGUUGUAUAAAUGUGGGCGUUACUAUAUCCACCGACUUUCCCGGCGCCGAUGCAGGGGGGGGAAUAGUGGUGAAGACCGAUGCAGCGGUGGUGCAACUCCUCAACGGGAGUAAUCUAAAGCCGGAGAAGUACCUGCUACAACGGGACCUACACCCCGACCUCCGCGGCCCACUAAGCGCCGCACACGCCCGCACAGACCCACUCACGGGUGAUCUGUACAACUACAACCUGGAUAUGCGCCUCAGAACCUCCGGAUACCGCGUCUUCCGCACUCGCAGGGACACCGGUGCCACCGAGGUGCUCGCAACGAUCAGGGACGCACCUCCAGCGUACAUACACUCGUUCUGGAUGUCGGAGGACUACGUCGUCCUCUGCAUCUGGAACUCGCGCUUCGCGUGGCGAGGCGCCAGGUGCAUCUGGGAGAAGAACCUUGUAGACGCAAUUGCAGAUUGGGAUCCGCGCUCCAGGUGCUUCUUCUAUGUUAUUGACAGGAAGGGUGGGAAGGGGGUUGUCGCCAAGUUCGUUGAUGACGUUCCGUUCUUUGUCUUUCAUACGGUCGGCGCGUGGGAGGAGGGGGAUGGGGACUUGGUACUCGAAGCGCUGAGCUAUGACAACGUGGACGUUAUAAAGCGGUUCUACUACGAGAACAUCCUCUCUACCGAGGUCGAGAACGGGAAAGCUUGGUUGGGGCGCGGGAGAACGAGACUUACCCGCUGGAGGCUAGCGAACAUACCCAAGACGAACGGCAAGGUACUCCCCGCCGUGCGGGAAUUCUCAGUAGCCAGUGAAUGGGGAAUGGAAUUACCAACCGUCAAUCCCCUCUUUGUAGCUAAGAAAAAUCGGUACCUUCCCCCCCCCUCCGGCCACUAUCCGCGAUACUAACAACGCAGUUACAUCUACGCAGUAACCUCAACCACCGCUUCAAACUUCAUGGACGGCAUCCUAAAAUACGACACAGCAACCAACUCCGCGACCCACUGGCAAGUGCACGCCCACACCCCCGGUGAGGCCAUCUUCGUCCCCGACCCCUCGGGCUCAGCCGAGGACGACGGAGUGCUUCUGAGCGUUGUGCUGGACGGGGUCUCCGGGAGGUCGUACCUAUUGGUACUGGACGCCAGGAAUAUGACGGAGCUUGCCAGGGCCGAGACAAAGAUCGUGGUGGGCUUCGGCUUCCACGGGAAAUGGGAUAAAGAGGGGGUUUUAGGUCCCGAGUACUGACUGAGCGCUUGCCGGAAAUCUGGUAUUUUGCGUCGGCUCCCUACCACUCACGAUGAUACUACUUUGAACUCUGGGCACGGGGUCAGAUACCAGGAGAAUAUUUGAUGUCGCGGAUAUGGAUAUGGGGAUAUAUGCUCGGUUCAUGUUUCCAUCCGUUCGUUAGAUAUAUAUGUAGUUACUCGGUCAAUCGGUCUUCCACUGCCAUCAUGAUAAAGUUAUACAUAUAUUUCCGACGCUGAGAUGCGCAGUGUUGGGCGAGUGAUUGGGAGUGAGCGGGCGUGGCUCGUGGUCUAUAUCAUAUUAUCAUAUCAGAUGAUACCAUAUUAUGGGGGACUAUUACUGAAAGUGGCUUGGUUGGGUUACGAUGCUCUAAUACCUGCACGACCUAGACUAGUCUCAAAUCGCUGCUCCUGGUCACGGGACGAUGUCUUGACGGGCAGAUAUUCAUCGGUCUGUGUACCGGGUGGGUGCACGAGAUAGGCGGGAGGGCCUUGCGAUUUUAUCUU